AUGUCUCAGGAUACUUACGCCAAGGUGUUCCAUUUGAUAGACAGUGCUCACGGCGAAGACCCCAAAAAGGUUACAGUCAAUGGGAAGGAGACGCCUUACGAGCUUCUUUAUAGUAACAAAAUGAGUAAUUACCUCGAGAAACGUGAUCCGUCAGCGUCGAUUGUUUUGCAAGUAGCAAUACGUGCUCAGCAUCUUCGUCGUUGGGAAGUUCCUCGAGACUCGUAUCCUAUGACUAAAGUUGGUUACCAUGGCUGGCGUACGUUUCUGAAGAAGCGACAGGCGGAACUCGCUCGGCAGAUGUGUCUUGAUAGCGGAUUUCAGGCGGAUGAAGCUGACAGAGUGGGUCACUUGAUACGCAAAGAAGACUUGAAGCAGGAUCAGGAAACGCAGAUUCUGGAAGAUGUGGCUUGUCUUGUGUUUCUCGACGAUCAAUUCGAGCAAUUCGAGACGCAGCAUGAUGAAGCUAAGAUUAUAUCUAUACUAAGGAAGACUUGGGGCAAAAUGACAGAGAGAGGGCAUGAUCUAGCUUUCGAAAUACCCAUGAGCGAUAGAUGCAAAGAAUUGGUGACGAAGGCAGUGAGCGGAGAUUGA